AGAGAGAGAGAGAGAGAGAGACAGACUCUAAAAAGUCUGCUCACAAGCUGCGGGGACGUGGACCGAGUCCUCCUCGCUACUCUCUUCACCGGACUGGCCCGGUAGCAGAACAACUACAAAAAAGACAGACAGACAGAAGAAGAAGAAGAAGGAGUACCGCAAGGUGCAAGCUCCGCGCGCCAUGCCGCCCGCGCGCCACGCCGCCUGACGCGCCGCCACUAUCCUCUCCUCGCCUCUCCUCUCCUCUCCUCUUCUUUCCUUUCCUUUCCUUUCCUUUCCUUUCCUUUCCUUUCCUUUCCUUUCCUUUCCUUUCCUUUCCUUUCCUUUCCUUUCCUUUCCUUUCCUUUCCUUUCCUUUCCUUUCCUUUCCUUUCCUUUCCUUUCCUUUCCUUUCCUUUCCUCUCCUCUCCUCUUCUAUCCUCUCCUCUCCUCUUCUCUCCUUUCCUUUCCUUUCCUCUCCUCUCCUCUCCUCCUCCGCGAACAUGAAGACAACGCGCAAGUGUCGCGCUCUUCUGUCCGUGGGCCUGAACCUGGUGGCGCUGCUCUUCUCCACCACGGCCUUCAUCACGACGUACUGGUGCGAGGGCACGCAGCGGGUGCCCAAGCCCAACUGCAGCGCGCAGCGGCGCCACAACUGCAUCGACUACGGCGUCAACGAGACGGACCAGAGCAAGGUGCACUACAGCUGGGAGACCGGAGACGACCGCUUCCUCUUCAGGAGGUUCCACACCGGAAUCUGGUACUCGUGUGAGGAGAACAUCCACGAGGCAGGUGAGAAGUGUCGCAGCUUCAUUGACCUGGCCCCCGCCUCGGAGAGAGGCGUGCUGUGGCUGUCGGUGGUGUCGGAGGUCUUGUACAUCCUGCUGCUGGUGGUGGGCUUCAGUCUGAUGUGUUUGGAGCUUUUCCACUCCAGCAACGUCAUCGACGGGCUCAAGUUGAACGCCUUUGCCGCCGUCUUCACCGUGCUUUCCGGUCUUCUAGGAAUGGUGGCCCACAUGAUGUACACUCAAGUGUUUCAGAUCACCGUCAGUCUGGGUCCUGAGGACUGGAGGCCUCACAGCUGGGACUACGGCUGGUCCUUCUGCAUGGCGUGGGGUUCCUUCACGUGCUGCAUGGCCGCCUCGGUCACCACACUCAACUCCUAUACCAAGACAGUCAUCGAGUUCCGCCACAAGCGCAAACUCUUCGAGCAGGGCCUCCGCGAGGAUCACGACUUCCUGGACCAGGAGGCCUUCCACUACUUCCGAGAGCGCUCCUUGCAGUCCAUCUCGGGCACGCUAGAUGUCUAUCCGGGCCCCGGGAGCGUACCUGGGCCUCCUCCGGAUCCAGGGGCGGACCGGACCAAGAUGAGAACUGCCUCUGUUGACUUAGGCGAGAACACGGACUCGCUGGGGGAGGAGCAGUGCUGAAGGGGGUCACGAACGAGGUCCUCCUUCAGGCCAGAACCUGGUUCUGACAUAGCAAUGUGAAUGUGCAGCCGCCUUUAUUUUAUUAUUAAAAGACUUGACAAGACCAAUGGAAAUAUGAAUGAAACUAGACUUGAAUUGUACACUCUGUCUAUAUGUGUAAUAACAAGGUAUGACAUAACAAUAUAUUAUGCAACAAUCAAUACACUGUGUGAUAUCAUUAAGAUUCUUGGAAUUUUUUUGUUUCCUUUUUUUCUAGCACAUUUUAAGAUGCUAGGUGUCGUAUUUGAAAUCAACUUCAGUAUAGUUAUAUGGAAUUCAUAAAACGUCGCAGUGAUAUUGUGCCUCCGAAAUUCACGUUAAUCUCCCGUUGGCUAACUUUAGCUCAUAUUAGCCACGGUCAUACUUGGAGUGCAUUUGUGUUUAGUUUUGCUUUAUCACUUUUUGGUGUUUCCAUGUUUAUUUAUACUUUUAAACCAUUUUACUUGUAAACCAUUUUAUAAAUAAACAAUAAAAAAAUGUAAACAUAACAUUUUUACAAAUACAAUAACCAUCAAAGAGGCAACUAGCUAACAUUAGCUAUGCUUAGCCACCACAGAUAUACCGCAGGUGCGUUUAAAAAGUAAACUUAUUUUAAAUUGUACUUUUUAGGAAUCUCCAUGUUUAUUUAUUCACUUUAAAACAUUUUUACAAAUAAUAAACUGUAGACUUCUUUGUAUUGUAACCACAACAAAUGGCUAAUAUGCCAGCCGUCAUUAAAACAAUAGCUAACAUUAGCUACAAUUAGCCACAGAUAUUCCAAUGAAAUGUUUUCAAUGCGUUUUUCACAUCUGUGUUUGAUUUUCACAAAUAAUGAAGAAAAAAAAAUGGAAGACUUGGUGGCUCAUACAACAACCAAGCAACUGGUUUAAGCAACUGGCUAAAAUUAAUUGGCCUUAGCUUGCUAGUUGAUAUUGUGUAAUGACAAAACAGGUACAAGUGUGAUUGUUUUAAUAAAAAAUACAUAUUUUUGA